AUGGCCUGCACCGAGGCGCGGCUCUCCCGGUUCAAAAACAAGUUCAGAGAUCCAGCAAAACUGAGAGAAAAACGGAUUGCCAUGUGCGUAAAGUUGCGCAAAGAUCAGAAGAACGAACAUAUUAUGAAGAGGAGGAAAAUAACUCUGUCUUCCCUGCCGGACGAAGAGGCCCUCUCUGAUGACAGUCCCUUCAAGGAGCAGAUUUCCUGCGCGUCCAUCGAGGAUAUCGUCAGGGACGUGAACAGCGACUGCAUACUAUUACAGAUCAGAGGCUGCCAGGCAGCCAGGAAGCUGCUCUCUGUGGAGCGUGACUCUUCUAUAAAUGAGAUCAUAAUUGCCGGCCUGCUGUCCCGCUUUGUGGCCUUCCUUUCCAUGGAAGAUGAGCCGACUCUGCAGUUUGAGGCGGCGUGGGCUCUAACCAACGUUACCUCUGGGACGUCUUGGCAUACAAAGCAGGUGGUGGACCAUGGUGCUGUACCAGCCUUCAUCGCGCUGCUCUCUUCGCCGAUGCUGCACAUCAGUGAACAGGCGGUUUGGGCUAUCGGGAAUAUUGCAGGUGAUGGGCCUGUGUAUCGAGACGUCCUGAUUGCGUGCAAUGCCGUCCCUGCUUUGCUGGCAUGCAUUUCACCUGACACACCACUUGGCUUCCUGCAUAAUCUGGCUUGGACGUUGUCCAACUUGUGCCGAAGCAAGGACCCAUAUCUCCCUGGGUCUGUAGUCCAGCAGAUGCUGCCCUCUCUGAUCAUGUUUCUCCAUCUGAGUGACAAAAACAUCUUGUCAGAAGCAUGCUGGGCAUUUUCCUACCUCUCAGACGGCGAGAACGACCGCAUUGAGGUUGUAGUGAGAACUGGCAUCAUCCCUCGACUCAUAGAGCUCCUGAACCAUGAGGACACCUGUGUCAUGGCCCCAGCUCUCCGCACAGUUGGGAAUAUCGUGAGUGGCUCUGACGCGCAGACCCAGGUGGUGAUCGACGCUGGAUUUUUGGAGGUUUUGCCCAAGUUGCUGAGGCACUCGAAGUCCAGCGUGCAGAAAGAGGCGGCGUGGGCUCUGUCAAACAUUGCUGCAGGACCGUCGAAGCAAAUCCAGCAGCUGAUCAACUGUGGCCUGUUUGCUCCUCUGGUUGAGCUGCUCAGAUCUGGGGAUUUCAAGAGUCAGAGAGAAGCUGUGUGGGCGGUGAUGAACAUCACCAUUGGGGGCACAGUGGAUCAAAUGAUCUUUCUGGUCAGAACUGGAGCCCUGGAAGCCAUCGUCCAUCUCCUGCAGGUCCGAGAUGCCAAAGUCGUCAUGGUCAUUCUGGAUACCAUCAACAAUCUCGUCAUGGCAGCGGAGAAAUCUGGAGAGACCGAGGGACUGUGUCGGCUGAUCGAAGAGCUCGGAGGAUUCGCCCACAUCGAGAUGCUGCAGAACCACGAGAAUGUGUCGGUGUGCAAAGCUGCAAGCCAUCUCCUGGAUAAAUGCACUGAAUAUGAGGUCCAGGCUGAGGAUGCUGAUAAUGCAAUGGAGAUGUUUCGCUUUUAA